GCAGUGUGCUCAUACAGGAGAGGGGGGGGGGAUAAACCGUAAACAGACAGAGCCAUAACGAGAACAUUGUGCAGAACUAAUUACACUUGCGUGUCUUCAGCGUCUCUUAUGUGGAACCAAAAACGCUUUCUGCAGCUUGUGUUUAAGUGAUUGCAAGCUUUAGCUGUUGACAGCUGAAACGUUGGAGAAGUGGUGUCCUCAUUUUACUAAAAAUAUCUUGGGAACUUUCUCUCUGGCCCGCUGCUGAGGAGCGCACUAUGAGGACACUUUGCUGCGCUCCAUCUCACUGAAGCUUUUCCUGCAAACAGGUGAAUUACUGUAUUUUCUAAAGGUAUUCGGGGCCUAUAGGCAUGCCGGCGCCCCCUCCUCCUCCUCCGCCUCCUCCUGCACCCCCUCCACCCCCACCGCCGCCCAGCGCUGCCCUGCCACAGUGUCCGUCUGAGCCUCCUAAGCUCCAGUCUGGUGGAGGAGGAGGAGGAGGUGGAAGGAAUGCCCUGUUGGCUGACAUCCAGAAAGGAACCAGGCUCAGGAAAGUCACGCAGGUCAACGACCGCAGUGCCCCUGUUGUCGAUAAGGCCAAGACCAGCACUGGAGAUGUACCCAGCAGUGUUGGUGCCACUCAGGGUUCAUCAGGGGGGGUGGGACCCUCUUUGGGUGGGCUAUUUGCUGGAGGGUUUCCCACUCUCAGGCCCAUAGGCCAAAGAGACCAGGCAGGCAAGACCCCAGUGUCCCGAUCGAGCUCAUCUGCGUCCCUGAAGCCUCUGUGGAAUGCGCCUGCGGCAGCAGACACGAGCAGCGGCCCCGAGCCUCACAGGACGGCGGAGCUCCGGAGCUCUGUCCACCGCGCGCUCGCUCCCUCAUCUUCCGCCCCUCCGUCCCCCUCUCACGGCAGCAAGCACCCGCCUCCUUUCCCCGCUCCCUCUCCCCCUCCGCCUCCCCCGGCCCCUCCCUCUGCUCCUCCCCCGCCUCCACCGCCUCAAGCCUUCCAGGACCGUCCGACCAGCAGGCCUCCGCCCCUGCCCUCUUGCCCCCCUCCUCCCCCUCCAUCCCAGGUCACCAAACCCACCUGGCUCCCCAUCCAGCACUCCCACCAUGCUACCAUCUCCCAGCCCUCUACCCCUCCUCCCCCUCCUCCUCCUCCUCCUCCUCCUCCUCCUCCACUUUUCCAACCUCCCUCCGCCGUCCCAGGGGACCGCUCCUCGGGGUGCUUCUACCCUCUGCCCCCGUCUCCAGUCCACUCCGAACCCUCUAGGUUACCCAUCCUGCGGGACAGCCCUCUUGGGCCUCCUCCUCCACCUCCUCCUCCCCCUCUCCCAGCUUCCUUCACCCCCACCUGCCCAUCCACCCUCCCUCCACCGCCGCCCAAGAUGCCACCAGUGCCCUCCCCAGCCAUGCGCUCUCUGCCGCCGUCAUACCCCUGCAAUGCUCCCACCCGACGGCCACCUGCUGUGCCCAGAAAUGCAGGUGUGGGUCGGCUGGCUCCUCCUCCAGCUCCUCCGGCGCGUUCCCCCACCACCGAGUUGUCCACCCGCAUUCCUCCCCCACCACCGCCACCCCCCCUGCCCCCAUCCAGUCUCAGGAACGGACACCUGCACAGCCUGGAUGAUUUUGAAUCCAAGUUCCAGUUCCAUCCUGUAGAAGAUUUACCUCCUCCUGAUGAAUUCAAGCCUUUCCCUCGGAUAUACCCCAGCAAAGAAAACAGAGUGAAUCCCAAACCACCUGGGAUCAGGACACACCUCAGAUGAGUCAAGGCCUCACCCUGUUCUUCAUCCCCCACACACAGCAAUAAGACUCUGUGUUCCUCCUCCUCCUUCUUCUCAUGACAAUAACGUAAUUGCCAUGGACUUACUGGGAUGUCAGCUCUGUGUGUGUUUUGUGUUUUUUAGUGUAUGUGUGUGUAUGUGAGUGUCAAACAGGCUCUUGCCUUAUACUGACUAUGUGACCUCUAACCUUUUCCAGUGUGGAAUGUUUUGAAUGUGUGUGAGGAGGAGGGCUCUCCCUACUCAUACUCAGAAACUACAUACAGACUCUACACACACGCACACUCCAAGGACAGUGUCUUCCAGCAGCUAUAUUUAACAUGUGACAGUUUGUAAGAGCUUAAGCAUUUCACGAUCUACAUACAUAGAAUAUUUGGAUUUUUUUUUUUAAACAGAUCUUUUUUCACGAUGUAUACAGUAGCACUUUUAAAGUCUGAUUUUAACUCACAAACAGUUUUAAGACAGUGCAGCUCUUUUAAAGACAAAUAUAAAAACUGUCCUCCUGUAGUACACGUAUGAAUGUGUUACACGUAUUACCAUAUGCGCUGAUAAUUCUACAUUGUUAAAUUUAUGCCUUAAUGUUCCAGCAAUACAAUCCUCUCUGCAGUUGUA